GAUGACCCGACCCAAAAGAAAAAACGGGGCAGCCUAUUAUAAACCUCCAUUAUUAUUAUUCGUUCAUGCAUCUGUAAAACCCUUACAAAUUACAAUACCCCUUUUUUUUUUAUCAUCUUUCUUCCUCUUUUUCUCUGAUUGUUUUUCUGGGGUGGUGAAAAAAAGAGUUGAAAUUUGAGGAGCUUAUAAAAAUGUUGGUGUUGUUUGAAACUUGUGCGGGGUUUGCUCUGUUCAAAGUUUUAGAUGAAGGGAAACUUUCUCAAAUUGAGGAUUUGUGGAAGGAGUUCGCUGAUGUUGAUUCAGCCAAAAAGGUGGUAAAGCUGAAAGCAUUUGACAAGUUUGAAAAUACAGCGGAAGCUUUAUCAGCGGCCACUUUGCUGAGCGAAAGCAAACCUAGUAAAGGAUUGAGAAAAUUCCUGAAAGCACACUGCAAGGGUGAUACGUUAGCUGUUGCUGAUUCUAAACUUGGGAGUGCUAUAAAGGAGAAACUGCAAAUUGAUUGUCUUCAUAAUAAUGCUGUGAUGGAGCUCAUGAGAGGAGUGAGAAGUCAGUUAACUGAACUUAUUUCUGGCCUUGGAGCUCAAGAUUUGGCUCCAAUGAGCUUGGGUUUGUCUCACAGCUUGUCGAGAUACAAGUUAAAGUUCAGUCCUGACAAGGUAGAUACAAUGGUCGUUCAAGCUAUUGGCUUGUUGGAUGAUCUUGACAAAGAGCUUAAUACAUAUGGAAUGAGGGGUCAAGAAUGGUAUGGCUGGCAUUUUCCGGAGCUUGCAAAGAUUGUUCCAGACAAUAUACUUUAUGCUAAGGUUGUGAAAUUGAUGGGAAAUCGUGUUAAUGCGGCGAAGUUGGACUUCUCUGAGAUAUUGCCUGAGGACGUUGAGAUAGCACUUAAAGAGGCUUCCAUGAUUUCUAUGGGAACUGAAGUCAGCGAUCUUGAUUUAACCAAUAUCAAGGAUCUCUGUGACCAAGUUUUGUCUCUUGCAGAAUCCAGAGCUCAGUUGUAUGAUUAUCUGAAAAGCAGAAUGAACACAAUCGCUCCCAAUUUGACUGCUCUUGUUGGUGAGCUUGUUGGUGCUCGUCUUAUUGCCCAUGGUGGAAGCUUGAUAAACCUUGCAAAGCAACCUGGAAGCACAGUACAGAUUCUUGGGGCGGAGAAGGCUCUCUUCAGAGCCUUGAAAACAAAGCAUGCAACCCCUAAAUAUGGGCUUAUCUAUCAUGCUUCCUUGAUAGGGAAGGCGGCCCCUAAACACAAGGGGAAAAUAUCUCGUUCUUUGGCUCUUGCAGCAAAAACUGCACUUGCAAUUCGCUAUGAUGCUCUUGGAGAUAAUCCUGACAACACGAUGGGUCUUGAAAAUCGAGCCAAGCUUGAAGCACGUCUAAGAAACCUGGAAGGUAAAGAACUGGGUCGGUCUGCCGGAUCAGCCAAGGGAAAACCACAAAUUGAAGUCUACGACAAAGAUCAUAAAAAGGGCGUGGGGGCAUUAAUCACACCUGGGAAGACUUAUAAUCCUGCAGCUGAUUCUUUCCUUGGUAAGAAGGAUAUCAAUUUGAUGCCGAUUGAGAAGGAGGUUGAUGUGGCAGAGGAAACAAAGAAGGCAAAGAAGGAAAAGGAGAAAAAGAAGAAGGGUUCUGUUUUGGAUGAUGACAAUGAUGGAAAUUUGGAACCUGAAAGUGAAAAGACGGGCAAGAAAGAGAAGAAGAAAAAGAAGCAGCAGCCAGAGAAUGGAGACCAGAUAGAAGCUAAAGAUGUUCAACCAGAAGCAGAUAAUGAUGAGAUGACGAAAAAGGAAAAAAAGAAGAAGAAGAAAAAGCAGGCCGAGAACGAGGACACUACCGAAGCAGGAGAGAAGAAUAAGAAAAAGAAGAGAAAGCAUGCUGACGAUGAAGCUGAACCUGUGAGUGAGAAGAAGCAAAAGAAAAAGAAGAAGAAAAGCAGCGAAGAUUGAGAUAUUUUUUUGGUGAAUUCUUUCAAAUCUAACAAUUUUGGCCAUCUUCAGCAAGGAGAUGAUAUUUUUCCUAUGUAAAAUUCGCUUUUGCUGAGGUUUUGUUAUAGGAGUUCUUAUGUUAGAGUUAGUUUAGUCGUCGUCUUCCUCAUGUACGUGCAAGAAUGUCUAUAACGAUAUCGGUGACUCUUGUUCGAGAUACUUGUGAGAUUAAUAUUUUUAUAUAUUCAAUAUGAGCCAUUGUGAUAAAUUGAAUGGCUUCAAUAUUGAGUGACAUUGGAGACCA